CCGCCCUUCAAUAAUUAAUACCCAAAAAACACUCGUCACCUUCAUUGCACAGUAAAACUUCUCUUCCGCUUUGCACACCUCUCUCUCUCUCUCGAGCCCUGCAUAAGCAGUGGCCAUGUUUGCGUGCUUCGCGGACCACUGUAGGUUACGCGGAGCCGCUCUCGCUGUUGGGUACCUGUGCCUCUAUCUGCUACUGAUCUCGUUAGCCUUCAUAGCACAUGCACAGGUGCUGGACUUGUGCAUAGCAGCUAAAAAUUGUGGGCCAGGGCUUUUCUGUGGAAACUGCCCUGCUUUGGGCAAGAAUCAACCCGUCUGCACCAGAGGCCAAGCUAUCAUUCCCACCUCUAUUAUUGAUGCGUUGCCUUUUAACAAGUACACAUGGUUAGUGACUCAUAAUGCGUUUAGCAUCGUGGAUGCACCGCUUUUGCCGGGUGUUCAAAGACUGACAUUUUAUAAUCAAGAAGAUACUGUGACUAAUCAGUUGAGGAAUGGUGUAAGGGGACUGAUGCUGGAUAUGUAUGAUUUUGAGGAUGAUAUCUGGCUCUGCCAUUCUUUUCGAGGGCAAUGUUUCAACUUCACAGCCUUUGAACCAGCAAUUAACACCUUGAGGGAAGUAGAAGCAUUCUUGAGUGAAAAUCCAACUGAGAUCGUGACCAUUAUAAUUGAGGAUUAUGUGCAUACCCCAAAAGGGUUAACAAAGCUGUUCACUAAUGCUGGUUUAUAUAAAUAUUGGUUUCCUGUCUCCAAGAUGCCCAAAAAGGGUGAAGAUUGGCCCACUGUGACUCAGAUGGUGCAAGAGAAUUGCCGGCUUCUGGUUUUCACUUCAAUUGCUUCAAAGGAAGCAGAGGAAGGCAUUGCUUAUCAGUGGAAGUACAUAUUGGAAAAUAAGUCUGGCGAUCCUGGGGUGAAGCCAGGGUCAUGCCCAAAUAGAAAAGAGUCAAAGCCACUGAAUUCCAGAAGUGCAUCUCUUUUCUUAGAGAAUUACUUCCCAACAUAUCCAGUUGAGAGCGAAGCUUGCAAAGAGCAUUCGACUCCACUUGCUAAGAUGGUUGGCACCUGUUAUAAAGCAGCAGGGAAUGUGAUGCCCAAUUUUUUAGCAGUCAACUUUUACAUGAGAAGUGAUGGUGGCGGAGUUUUUGAUGUUUUGGACAGGAUGAAUGGCCAGACGUUGUGUGGUUGUAGUACUGUGACAGCCUGCCAGGCAGGAGCGCCUUUUGGAUCUUGCAAGAAUGUAGCUAGUACUAGUCCUGUGACAACUACUACAGGAAGCUUUUCAGGAUCUGUUCAGUUUUCAAGAUCUGCAUCAACAGUCUGUUCUCCAAAUUUUUUUAUUUUCUACUUAUUUUCUCUUCGAUUGAUGGCAUUUAUGUUACAAAUGCAAUGAAUAAUUUCUGGGGUAGAUGGUUGUGAGCUACACCUUUAGUUAGACAGUUAGUUGGCUACUCUUUGGUAGAGUUCAUAGUGUCAAUAUGUAUUCUUCAGUCAGAACUGGUACAACACGUCCCUGUCUUAUAGAGGAAGGUAAAGAAACACUUGCCAGAGGUAUGAAGCGUGACUAUGAACAAAGAACUUUUGAGAUUCUCAUAUGGAGGCAAAAAGUAAGGACUAGCAAAGGAAUCUGAGGUAGAUGGUGGCCAAGGGAGACCUGGAAUAUCUCAAGAAUGGGUUCAGGUAUGCAGUGUGCUUCACUACUAGAUUGCCUGCAUCUUUAAGAUAGGCAUUUCACCUCUUUGUUCUUUGCAGCAGCAUGCUUUUCUUUUUGGCUUCUGUGUUUUGCUUCUUAUCAGGUUAUAACAUCUCCCCAGAGCUUCACAGAUGUGCUUCUGAAUAUUUAGAAACAUCCAAAAACGUAUUUCUUACUUGGGAAAUUCUUGCUUAGACUUAGUGCAUCAUGAGUCCAAGACACAUCAUGUAUGGUGGCACUCAAAUUUUUUUGUUUUGGGUUCAUAAUAGACCAAGUCUAAGAAAGUUUUUCCUUGGUUGCAUAAGCAAGGAUGCUCAGUCCAAGGAACUUUCCUAAGCAAAAUCACCUGGAGGAAAGUAAAUUUUUAUAAUUUCUGCUCGAGCUCAUGAUAAUGUAGCAACCAUCCUGGCUGUCAGAAAUGACAUCUGUAAACAUUUUGCCAAUUUAUUAUAGUUAAAUGCAUUUAAAUGCUA